AUGGAUCAUUUGAACGAGGCGACUCAGGGGAAAGAACAUUCAGAAAUGUCUAACAAUGUGAGCGAUCCGAAGGGUCCACCAGCCAAGAUUGCCCGCCUGGAACAGAACGGGAGCCCGCUAGGACGAGGAAGGCUUGGGAGCACAGGUGCAAAAAUGCAGGGAGUGCCUUUGAAACACUCGGGUCAUCUGAUGAAAAGCACGCUGAGGAAAGGAACCAUGCUCCCGGUUUUCUGCGUGGUGGAACAUUAUGAAAAUGCCAUUGAAUACGAUUGUAAGGAGGAGCAUGCAGAAUUUGUGUUGGUGAGGAAGGAUAUGCUUUUCAACCAGCUGAUAGAAAUGGCCUUGCUGUCUCUGGGUUACUCACAUAGUUCUGCUGCCCAGGCCAAAGGGCUGAUCCAGGUUGGGAAGUGGAAUCCGGUCCCACUGUCUUAUGUGACAGAUGCCCCCGAUGCUACAGUAGCAGAUAUGCUUCAAGACGUGUAUCAUGUGGUCACAUUGAAAAUCCAGCUACACAGUUGCCCCAAACUGGAAGACCUGCCUCCCGAGCAGUGGUCGCACACCACCGUGAGGAACGCGUUGAAGGACUUGCUGAAGGAUAUGAAUCAGAGCUCCUUGGCGAAGGAGUGCCCCCUCUCACAGAGCAUGAUCUCCUCCAUUGUGAACAGCACUUACUAUGCAAAUGUCUCAGCGGCAAAAUGUCAAGAAUUUGGAAGGUGGUACAAACAUUUCAAGAAGACAAAAGAUAUGAUGGUGGAAAUGGAUAGUCUGUCGGAGCUGUCCCAGCAGGGUGCCAACCACGUCAGCUUUGGCCAGCAGCCCGCGCCGGGGAGCACGGCGGAGCAGCCCCCCUCGCCUGCCCAGCUGUCCCACGGCAGCCAGCCAUCCGUGCGGACGCCGCUGCCCAACCUGCACCCUGGGCUGGUGUCGACGCCCAUCAGCCCUCAGCUGGUCAACCAGCAGCUGGUGAUGGCCCAGCUGCUCAACCAGCAAUAUGCCGUGAACAGACUCCUAGCCCAGCAGUCCUUAAACCAACAGUACUUGAACCACCCUCCCCCCGUCAGCAGGUCUAUGAAUAAACCUUUGGAGCAGCAGGUUUCCACCAACACAGAGGUGUCUUCCGAAAUCUACCAGUGGGUACGUGAUGAACUGAAACGGGCAGGAAUCUCCCAGGCAGUAUUUGCACGUGUGGCUUUUAACAGAACUCAGGGCUUGCUUUCAGAAAUCCUCCGAAAGGAAGAGGAUCCCAAGACUGCGUCCCAGUCUUUGCUGGUAAACCUUCGGGCUAUGCAGAAUUUCUUGCAGUUACCGGAAGCUGAGAGAGAUCGAAUUUACCAGGAUGAAAGGGAAAGGAGCCUGAAUGCGGCCUCGGCGAUGGGUCCUGCCCCGCUGAUUAGCACACCGCCCAGCCGCCCUCCCCAGGUGAAAACAGCUACUAUUGCCACUGAGAGGAAUGGGAAACCAGAGAACAGUACCAUGAACAUUAAUGCUUCCAUUUACGACGAGAUUCAGCAGGAAAUGAAGCGUGCUAAAGUUUCCCAAGCUCUGUUUGCAAAGGUGGCAGCUACCAAGAGCCAGGGGUGGCUGUGUGAGCUGUUACGCUGGAAAGAAGACCCUUCUCCAGAAAACAGGACCCUGUGGGAGAACCUCUCCAUGAUCCGAAGGUUCCUCAGCCUCCCCCAGCCGGAACGCGAUGCCAUCUACGAACAGGAGAGCAACGCGGUGCAUCACCACGGCGACCGGCCGCCGCACAUCAUCCACGUGCCCGCCGAGCAGAUUCAGAGCCCCUCUCCCACCACCCUUAGGCAAGGAGAGUCUAGAGGCAUUGGGCCCCGAGGCUGGCACUGCUCCACAGGUGAGCAGGCACAGGCGCCCCCGCAGCCGCAGCCCGCACCGCCCCCCGCGCCGGCACAGGCGCCGCCGCCCCCAACCGGGCCCCGGCUUCCCGCGCGGCAGCCGCCCGCGGCGGCGCCGGCCGAGGCGGAGGAUGAGAGCCGGCCGAAGGCGCGGCCGCGGACCAAGAUCUCAGUGGAGGCGCUGGGCAUCCUGCAGAGCUUCAUGCAGGACGUGGGGCUGCACCCGGACGAGGAGGCCAUCCAGACGCUGUCGGCGCAGCUGGACCUGCCGCAGCACACCGUCAUCAAGUUCUUCCAGAACCAGCGCUACCACCUCAAGCACCACGGCCGUCUGAAGGACCACGCGGGCCUGGAGGUGGACGUGGCCGACUACAAGGACGACGAGCUGCUGCAGGAGCCAGACGAGGGUGCGCCGGGCGCGGGCGCCAGCCCGCUCUUCGCGGUGAAGCUCGAGGACGAGCCGGCGGCCGACGGCAGCACGGACGCGAGCGCCGACGCCAGGGACUGA